AUGGCUCACAGACCACCCCACCACCAACAACCCCCACCUGCGGGCAAUGUCUUCAAUUUCAAUGACUUCGGAUUCAACCACCUAUCUAAUAUGAACAACGAGCAGCCUGUUUCGAAUGGACUGGUCAGUUCGGGACCCGAUGCCUUUUCCAUGGCCAGCGAUGGCCAAUUGGGCAAUGGCCUUUUACUCGACGGCAGCAUGCUGGACUCGUUUGGCCCUAUACCCAUGAACCUUGACCCCACCGACGAUACAGGCACCAUCGCACAGGGCUUCAGCUCCAACAAAGAUGGCCCCAGCGUCGAGAGCGCAGCUGUCGCACAGCUUGAAAACCAAUUCAACACCGCCCACAACAAUGUUCCCGGCGCAGGGCCUCUGCCUCUCGGGGCCUUUUCGCAGGGGGCUGCGGGAGGUGCCAACAGCAACCUGACCGAGUUCACAAAACGAAGAAACUGGGCGGCGAAAGUGGUGGAGGAGCUUCGGGACCUGUUCCACAUACUCGAUUCGCAUGGGAGGAUCAAGUAUGCAUCCCCGAGCGCGCUCGAGGUGACAGGCUACGCUGCCGAAGAGCUUCAAGACGUGUUCCUCAAAGACAUGAUCCACCCUGAUGAUCAAGGCGUGUUCGUGGCUGAACUCAACGAGUCGAUUGCAUCCGGCAAUCCCCUACGCAUGUUCUACCGCUUCAAAAAGAAGGACAACGAGUAUGCAAUCUUCGAGGCUAUUGGCCAUGCACACAUCGCCGCCGCCAAGUUUGCCCCCAAUCCAAGCAAUCAAUCUCCGUUCUGCCAAGCCGUGUUCGUCAUGGCCCGACCAUACCCGACGAAAAAUGCAGGUUUGCUAGAUUCCUUCCUUGAACACAAAAUCGAAAACGAACGUCUGAGACGAAGAAUCGCCGAGUUACGUCGGGAGGAGGAGGCCGAGAACGAUGAAGCACAACGACAGUGGAUCCAGAGCCAGGAAGCGCGAUCAGACAUCACACCGACCGAGGAUACCAAUUCGACGCCAUACCAUCGAACGAAUCCUACCGAACGAACUGGCAGCGCUCCAGAGGUCCACAUAAUAAAUCAGACUCUCAAUUCGGCCCUCACCAGGGAGAAUUUAGAAGGUGCAGCCGUGGGGAACCGACCAGACUCGCUCAAGGAUAAGAUGGCACGAUACGAGGGGGUAUACACGGAUACCAUUGAGAUGCUUACAGGGUUGAGAUACCUGGAAGGCGAGCGAAGCAAGGGUAUCACCACAGGCAAUGCCAGUCCUACACUGAUUAAGGGCGAUGCAGGCAUCGCCAUUCCUGUGGACCGAGAUCCCAGGACGGGAGAGAAGAAAAAGAAACUCAAGACAUCAGAAGAAUAUGUGUGUACAGAUUGCGGUACACUCGACUCUCCCGAAUGGCGCAAGGGACCAAAUGGACCAAAAACUCUCUGCAAUGCCUGUGGUCUACGAUGGGCUAAGAAGGAAAAGAAGAGGCAAAAUAGCAAUCACACGAUGGCAGCAAAGCAUACUACUUUUGCCGGAGACUCGGGUGCGGUUUCAUAA